CUCACACACUUCCUCGUGCUCAGAUCUCGCCGCAGUGUGUGUUCUCUUCAUUUCCUGAAUCCCUGACUCUGACUCGCAGCGACAUGGGAAACAGACGCACACUCACGGAUUAAAAGCUGUAGAAAAUGAUGAGAAAUGCUCAGUUUGGGCCCGCCUCCUUCUGAUGAGAUCCGCCAAUGGGCUGAGGGUGGGGGAGGGGCCAGGAUGAGUGCUGAGCCGCUAUUGGAGGAGACGCUCAUCAAGCGAUCCCAGCAGAAGAAGAGGACGUCUCCGCUGAACUACAAGGAGAGGCUGUUCGUCCUGACUAAGAACAAACUCUCCUACUACGACGGGGAGAGCGGAGGUAAGUGCAGGAGAGGUUCGAUCGAUCUGAGCAGAAUCAGAUGUGCAGAGAUCGUGAAGAACGGAGGAGUGCUCCCCUGCCAGAACAAAUACCCCUUCCAGGUUGUGUACGACACAAACACCCUCUAUGUUUUCGCUCCGAGUCAGGACAGCAGGAGUCUCUGGGUGCAGAGCCUAAAAGAAGAGAUCAAAGACAACCCAGGAGUCUGGGCCAAGUUUCACCCUCAGUUUUGGCAGGAAGGGGCGUGGCUCUGCUGUCGCCAGGCACAAAAACUGGCUCCGGGCUGCGAGGGGUACAACCUGUUUGGAGACAUUUCCAGAAAACCCCUACCCCCGAUUCCUGGUGACAACGAGAAGCAGCGGCGGCCCCCUCCCCCCCUCCCUAUGGACGAUGAAGACAACGAGGACGAAGAUGAGGAUGUUGACGAAGUGGAGGUGGUGGUGGCGCUGUACGAUUUCCCGGGGAUGGAGCCCCACGACCUGAGUCUGGAGAAAGGAGGCGAGUACAUCGUCCUGGAGAAAUGUGACAUCAACUGGUUCAGAGCGCGCAACAAGUACGGAGAGGAAGGCUACAUCCCAAGUAACUACGUAACGGAGAAAAAAUACGGAAACCUGGUGCAGUUUGUUUGGUACAGUAAACAAAUCAACAGGAACAAGGCUGAGGAACUGCUAAGGAAGGAGGAUAAAGAAGGCGCCUUCAUCGUCAGAGACUCCAGCACCGCGGGAGCUUACACUGUCUCUCUGUACGCCAAGACUGCAGCAGGGGACGGAGGAACAGUUAUAAAGCAUUACCACAUCAAGGAGACACAGGGAUCGCCUCAGCAGUUUUAUCUGGCUGAGAAACAUUUAUUCAGCUCCAUCCCCGACCUCAUCGAGUACCACAAACACAACGCAGCAGGUCUUGUUGCCAGGUUGAGGUAUCCAGUGAGGAAACAGGAUAAAGCGGCUCCGUCCACCGCCGGCUUCAGCUACGAGAAGUGGGAGAUUAACCCCAGUGAGCUGACCUUCAUGAAGGAGCUGGGCAGUGGGCAGUUUGGGCUGGUGAGGCUGGGGAAGUGGAGGCAUCAACACCGAGUCGCCAUCAAGGCCAUCAGAGAGGGAGCCAUGCUGGAGGAGGACUUCAUCGAGGAGGCCAAGGUCAUGAUGAGGCUCUCUCAUCCUAAACUGGUGCAGCUGUACGGCGUUUGCAGCCAGCAGAAACCCAUCUACAUCGUCACAGAGUUCAUGGAGUCCGGCUGCCUGCUGAACUUCCUCCGGCAGCGGCGGGGCAGCUUCAGCCUGGACUCUCUACUGACUAUCAGCCAGGACGUCGCGAAGGGGAUGGAGCACCUGGAGGCCAACGGAUUCAUCCACAGAGACCUGGCUUCCAGGAACUGUCUGGUGAAUGAGUCUCUGGUGGUGAAGGUGUCUGACUUCGGCAUGACCCGGUACGUGUUAGACGACCAGUACACUAGCUCAUCCGGCGCCAAGUUCCCAGUGAAGUGGUCGCCUCCUGAAGUCUUUAACUUCUGCAAAUACAGCAGCAAGUCCGACGUCUGGUCCUUCGCCGUCUUGAUGUGGGAGGUGUUCACAGAGGGCCGCAUGCCAUUUGAGCAGAGUCAGAACCACGAGGUCGUUACGUUGGUAACCAAAGGUCACCGCCUGUACAAGCCCAAGAUGGCGACACCCGCAAUCUAUGACAUCAUGCAGCUCUGCUGGCACGAGAGACCGGAGGAGCGCCCGUCUUUUGCUCAGCUUUGCCUGAUGAUCUCCGACGCUCUGGAGGGCGACGCCCAGCCCCCAACUGAUCAACUGACCAAUCAGCGACUCCCACUAUCCCUGGGGGCCAUGUUGGGCCUGAACUCCCACCCUUCACUCCGCUGAUAUUUUCGCAUUCCCUGACAAAAACACAGAGAAUACGGUGUACUAGAGUGGUGCAGGAAUGAGUCCUCAAACCCUGUUUCUUCACCAAUGGUUUUUUCUGCCCAGCAUUAGCCAGCGGUGGUGAGGUGAAGUCAUGUGACCGUGCUGUAGUUCCUUUAUAGCCCAACAUUAGCCUCCUUUAGCUUAGCGGUGGUGACGUGAAGUCAUGUGACCGUGCUGUAGUUCCUUUAUAGCCCACCAUUAGCUUUCUACUUCAGAAAUCAUAAAGUGCUGUUAUUAUGUGGAGAUUAUCCUGCUGAGCUAAACGUGUAAGUAAACGUUUGUUUGAGAUUGUUUUCGACCCCAAUUUGAAAAUGAAAUGGAAAAUCCCAUUGAACCAGAGACAUGUUGCCUUCAGGGUUGGACUACAGAAAACGACAUUCCUGCACCACUCUACGGUGCUUACAUCGUCUCGAACUGACACAUGAGAUGAAGAGGAUGGACCACUAACUCAGUCAUCCACCAAUCACCUUUGUUUAUCCAUUCAUGUAUAAUAAAUCCACACAUCAAUGUACAGCUGAGGAAAACAGAGACCACUUCAGCAUGAUCAUUUCCUCCUUUUAUUUCUUAUAGACACGUCUUUGAGUUCAAUUAUUUUCUUAAUUGUAUUCUAUAAACUACUGACAUUUUUCUCUGUUUUGGAAUUCAACAGACACUAGAAUGGCUGCCAUACAUGUAGAGAUAAAUAUUUAAGAAAAAUGUGGAGUGGUCUCUUAAUUUCCCCCGGGGCUGUAUAUAUUAUUUUUAAAUUGGCUUCGCUGCCCGUACGAAUAGAUGUGAUGCAAAAUAUUUGCGGGCGAGUAUUUUUGCAUUAUUUGGUCAUCCUGUCUAUUAAGGCCUUUAAUCUGAAGCUGCGUCCUUGAAAUAAAACACUGUUCAUGUUG